AUGAUUACGAUUUUACCUGGACAUCUUUUAAUGGAUGGUCCCUUUGAAAGUUUAUUUUUAUUUGAUUCAGCUGAUUUUGGUGUCGCAGCAAGUAUAAAUGAGACUAUGUGUAAACGAAAAUCAUUUACUGGUACACCAUAUUCGAUGGUACCAGAAGUUGCCGCUGUUGAACGAAAAGGUGGCUAUAAUCAUUUAUGUGAUAUAUAG